AUGCAAAACCAACUCAUCCGUUUUUUAUCAUCCAGACGAAUUAGGAACCUCGCCUUCCGUGGUCGUGCUUCCGACAGACUACCACCAGGGGAUCUGCUGCUUUUUCCGGCAUCAUACGCUACUCAGGCACGACCCCCACCCGCACCUGCAACAGCGAGAGGGACCAUUAAGUGGAAGGAGACUUUGAACUUCCUGAGAUUUUCCGGACCAACGCUGUUUCCUGCUCGCUCCAAGUCGUCGUGGGCUGGAGAGUACGGAGAGAUGGCCGAUCAGCAUGAAGAGGCUGCUGUCGCGGCCGAUAAUCAGGCGGCGCAGCAACAGCCCCAGCAGAAGAGGGGCGGAGGAGGACAUGGACGCAGAGGCGGAAAGGGAGGAGGAGGAGGCGGCGGGGGCCAGCCGAGAGAGGUAUUGGUCUCCAAGGCGCUUUCGAAGCUUUUGAGGCAUCAGGCUGAGAAUGCGGGUCUCACGCUCGACGAGGGCGGGUAUGCGCCCCUGGACAAGGUGCUCGCAUACGGCCCCAUCAAAUCCCUCAAGGUAACCUUCUCCGACAUUCAGGCCGCAGUAACGACGUCGGACAAGCAGCGCUUCGCCCUCAAGCCCAACGCGGCGACGAACGCGACGCUAGACGAGACCUCGACGGAGCCCUCGCACUGGCUGAUCCGCGCGAACCAGGGCCACAGCAUCAAGGUCGACUCUGCCUCGCUCCUGACGCCCAUCACGCUCGAAGCGGGUAACGUGCCCGAGGUGGUGGUGCACGGGACGUAUUUCGCGUUUUGGAAGCAGAUUGAGGCUUCGGGGGGGUUGAAGAGGAUGGGGCGGAACCACGUGCACUUUGCUACGGGGUUACCCGGCGACGAGAGGGGCGUUGUGAGCGGGAUGAGGAAGGAUGCCGAGGUUCUUGUGUACGUUGACGUCGGGAGGGCGUUGAGGGAGGAGGAGGAGGGGGGUCUGAAGUGGUGGAUUAGUGAGAACGGGGUUGUUUUGACAGAGGGGGACGGGGACGGGGUUGUGCCGUGCCGGUUGUUCAAGGAGGUUGUUGCACGGGAGGAGGGGAGCGGGGUGGGUGUGCUUUGGAAGGACGGGGAGAAGGUUGCGGAGUUGCCCGAAGGGUUGAGGAUGAGGGCGCCGCCUGGGAAGGGGAGGGGUGGGAGGGGAGGGAGGAGGGGAGGAAAGGCUUGA